GAGACAACAAAAGCUGACCAAACAUUAUUCCACUCCCACCCACGCGCCGCCUUACCGGAGCUUUCUGAUCUCUUUGUGUCUUGAAGGAUUUGAAAUUAUUUCCCAAAAAUUCAUAUAUUUUUUUCUGUGUUGUGCUUAAAAACACAUCAACUUUCAUUUUCCAUGUGCUGUCUAAUCUUUAAAAAAUCCCAGUUUGCAAGAUAAGUCAUUUUUACAACUACUGUCUAAUGACAUUUCAACUAUCCAUCUUUCUCUCGCGCCUACCCAAUUUCCUAUUAUAAAGUAAAUAUAAAUUCCUUAUUUGUUCUUGGGCAGACCCCUUUAUAAUUGAACCGUGGGAUUUUCUUGAUCUUGGAUCGGUUUUUGGGACAGGGAAAGUGGGCGGAGUGAAAAAUGAAGAGAUGGUUUUUCGCUUUCCUUUUUUACUUCGCAUCUUGCGCAAGGAUUGGAGCUUUAAAGUUCGACAAAACUCAACAAACUGAGAGAAUCUCGGGUAGUGCGGGCGAUGUCUUGGAAGAUGAUCCAGUUGGAAGGUUAAAAGUUUUUGUUUAUGAGCUUCCUAGCAAAUACAACAAAAAAAUUCUACAAAAGGACCCUCGAUGCCUGACUCAUAUGUUUGCUGCCGAGAUUUACAUGCAUCGAUUCCUUCUAUCAAGCCCAGUUCGAACCCUUAAUCCCGAGGAAGCGGAUUGGUUCUACACACCUGUAUAUUCCACCUGUGACCUCACUCCAAAUGGUCUCCCCUUGCCAUUCAAAUCGCCACGUAUGAUGAGGAGUGCUAUACAGCUUAUUUCUUCCAACUGGCCUUACUGGAAUAGGACUGAGGGGGCUGAUCACUUCUUCAUUGUGCCACAUGAUUUUGGGGCAUGCUUUCACUAUCAAGAAGAAAAGGCUAUUGAAAGAGGGAUUCUUACAUUGCUCCAACGUGCUACCUUGGUUCAAACUUUUGGACAACGAAACCAUGUUUGUUUAAAGGGCGGUUCCAUCACUAUUCCUCCAUAUGCUCCACCGCAGAAAAUGCAAACCCAUUUGAUUCCUCCUAGCACUCCUCGUUCCAUCUUUGUUUAUUUCCGAGGUUUGUUUUACGAUGUGGGGAAUGAUCCAGAAGGUGGUUACUAUGCAAGAGGUGCAAGAGCAUCGGUGUGGGAGAAUUUUAAGAACAAUCCCUUGUUCGACAUCUCAACCGAGCACCCGAGUACUUACUAUGAAGACAUGCAGAGAGCUGUUUUUUGCCUGUGUCCACUUGGAUGGGCUCCAUGGAGUCCAAGAUUGGUCGAAGCAGUUAUAUUUGGUUGCAUCCCUGUGAUCAUAGCAGAUGAUAUUGUAUUGCCAUUUGCUGAUGCAAUACCAUGGGAAGAUAUAGGAGUAUUUGUAGCUGAGAAAGAUGUCCCUAAAUUGGAUACCAUUCUCACUUCGAUUCCCAUUGAAGAAAUAUUAAGGAAGCAGAGAUUACUCGCCAACCCUUCGAUGAAACAAGCUAUGUUAUUCCCGCAACCUGCUCAAUCAAGGGACGCUUUCCAUCAGAUUUUGAAUGGUCUUGCUCGUAAAUUACCCCAUGAUAAGAGUGUGUACUUGAAGCCAGGCGAGAAGAUCCUCAACUGGACGGCGGGUCCAGUGGCUGAUCUCAAACCGUGGUAGUGACCACUUUUCCGGAUGUUAGUAAUCUGAAGUACAAAAUUGUAUGCAAAUUUCAGUACAUUUUGCAGCUGUAGGCUCUGUUGAUUAGAUGCCAACUUGCCUAGAGAUUGGGAUGAAUCUGGAAAUUUAGUCUCUUGAAUUGUGCAAUUUGCUGCUUAAGAGUAUUGUAUCAACAAGACUUCAUAGUUCAUUGCUGUAUUCAGCCAAUUCACUAUAUAUAUACAUAUUCUCACUUUUUCUGAUUUA